UGCAAACGAACCAGACUCUCAGCUGACAGGAACGAAGCGUAGGCCUGAACGAAAAAGACUAAUAAUAGAAACUAUUUCAUACAGUUUUUUACUUUAUUUUACGAAGAAGAACCCAGCUCUAAAAUCGAGGAAGGGCUGACCUGACGUACGGUUGUGACGAAAGGUAUGACCGCGGACAGAGAGGAGCAAGAAGACGAACUGCUCGCUCUCCACAGUAUUUUUGAUUCGGACGAAUUUUUCCGGCAUGAGUCGAAGUUUGCCGGAGAAAUCCGAGCGUCUGUUGAGUUGCCUGCUGACUUCACGGUGGUUCUAAAAGAAGGUGAAACUCAGAGGCAGUAUGAGAUAUCAUUCCUCCCUCCACUGUGUCUGACCUUUGAACUCCCUGAGGAUUACCCAUCAUCCUCUCCUCCCUCCUUUACUCUCACCUGCAGCUGGCUGACACACUCACAGCUCUCUGCACUGACUGCUCAGCUUACUGAUCUCUAUCAGGACACUGGAGGCACUGUGGUGCUCUUCACAUGGAUACAGUUUCUGAAAGAGGAUGCCCUCAAGUUCCUGGACAUCCACUCUCUGCUGGAGCUCCCAUCAGAUGAGCAAAACAAUGAGUCAGACGUCUCUGCAUCAUCCUCAGGAGAUGAGCAUCUGACUGGGAAUCCUGACAAUAGCCAGAAUCCAGCACCAUCAGACCAGAGCAGCAAAGACUCUCUAGAGGCUGUCAAGUUAGGACAAAAUAAUUCGACAUCCCAUGACAGCAAACUAAGCCAGAAUGAGCUAAACUCAGACUCUAAUGAAGAGACUCUGAUCCAAAAACAUUCAGCAGAUUCUGACCAAAUAUCCUCCAAUGAGAGGGAGGCUGACCAGACGUCAGAAUUGAAGGCUUUCUCAGAGCAUGUUUCUUCUGCUCAGUCUGAUCUAAAUAACCAGGAAGAAAACUUCAAUGGAGAUGAUGCCUCAGCCUCGGUAUCACCCACCUCUAGCUCUCCAAAACCACUGGAUUCAAGUGGGCAGAGUGAGUUUGCAUCUCCUCCUGCUACUAACCCCUCUGGUCUCUGCCUUACUCCAUCUCAAGCCCUCUUGUCUCAGCUCUUGAUCCACAACGCGGCUCAGAAACAGAAAGAGUUCAACACCACCGUGUUUGACUGCGAUAUUUGUUUUGUUGGCUGGCUUGGUUCAGAGUGCAUUCAGUUGCUUGAAUGUGGUCACAUCUUCUGUCAGGGCUGUCUCGGUGAGUUCUGUAAGCUCCAGAUCACAGAGGGGAACGUCAAAGGCGUCACCUGUCCCAAUGCUGACUGUUCUGCCACCCCUACACCAGCACAGGUGAGGAGUUUGGUCGGGGAGGAGCUGUUCAGCCGCUAUGAUCGCCUCCUGCUACAGAUGACUCUGGACUCCAUGCCUGAUGUGGUGUAUUGUCCUCGACGUACCUGUGCUGCAGCUGUCAUUCGGGAGAAGUCCAGCAGGGCAGCAGUGUGCUCUGUUUGCAGAUAUGCCUUCUGUGUUGCCUGCAAGAAAACCUACCAUGGAACAAAGAACUGUCAGAAAGAGGGUAAAACAAAAACAAAGACAGAUGAGACUGAACAGCCUGGUGUUGCCCUGCCACGAACAGAAGAGGGGAUCAAGGCUCUGUGGGAAGACUACUCUAAAGGCAGUAAGGAGAGGAAGAAGCUCCUGGAGCGCAGAUACGGCCGCAGUAGGAUGCUUUUCACCUUGGAGGAGGGUUUGAGUGAGCAGUGGAUCGUCGUCAAUAGCAAGAACUGUCCCCACUGCUUCUGCAAAAUAGAGAAAAAUGGUGGAUGUAACAUUAUGUCCUGCUCUCGCUGCAAUCAGCAGUUCUGCUGGCGCUGCCUGACCAGACUACCGACACGUUAUGGGUCACACUUCAGUGAAAGCCCUGACUGUAUGAUCCCUGUCUAGUCCUUCUGCUUUUUUCCCCUUUAAUCAACAAAGGAAAUGGCCUCUACAGAAUGUGUGCUCAUUUUGGUAUUUUGAGUGUGUUUAACCUUAAAGUGCACUUGUAACAGACUCACUAAAACAGCAGAUUCUGUGUCAUUUAAAAAAACACAAAAAACUCACAGUAGUCUUACGUACUUUGACAAUCAGCAACACUAAAUGUAUUUAUACAGGAAAAACAUGAAAAGGUGGGGUUUCUUUGUCAAAAACCUGCAUUUAAAUAUUUAAAAUCCAUCAGCCACUCACACCGUUUUCAAAUUGUUUGGUGACCAGCAGAGGGCGCUAAACAACAAGAAUAACAAACAGCUUGGUCAUGCUCUUAUAAUGCUCUAUUUACUUUGGUUCCACUAAAUGCUUUAACAUUAACCAUAUGUGCAAUUCAUGAUUGAAUUAUCAAACAGUGCAUUAUUAAAACUGAUGUCUAGAUUGCAUGUUUACAGCUCUAAAUGCAGGUAUAUAUAAUCUAUGAAGCCAAUUCAUCCAUUGUGAAUAUUUUUUGUUGUUGUUGUUCAAACCACAUCAAAGUGUUUUAGCAAAGUCUGUCUUUAGAAGGCUUUCUAGUGAGACUAGUUUUGUUCCUUGAUCAAGCCACCUAUUUACCUUAUUAUCAUCUGUGUACAUGAGCAUUAAGUGCUUGAAGUACUUCAUUUGGACAUUUGUGAUGUUGUAUUUCAAAAAUAUUUAUGAAGAUUUUAUUUCCUUGAUAAUUUGCACUUGCAGAUUUUAAGAUGUGCAGUACUCUUACUGCUGUGUAAAAAGGGAGAUGACUGUAGAAAAUACAUUUUAAAUAGAUUUUUUUAAUUGUUGAAGAAGUGUGGGUCUUCCUGGAAAACAGGGGGAAAGUUAAAUCAAACACAAGUACAGACUAAGGUAGGUCUACCUGUAUAUUAACUAUAGCUUAUUGAAGGUCUACCUGUAUACCAAAUAAAGCAUAUGGUAGGCCUUAUUAAACUACAUCCUAUAGUUGAUGUACAGCUAUAGCCUAUAAUAGGCCUAUUUAUUAACUUAAGCCUAAGGUAGGUCCACUUAUAUAUGAACUAAUGCCUAUUGUAAGCCAACUUUACUAUCAACUACAGUGGUUGGCUUACCUACAACAACUGAAUAAGCCUUAUAUGAGCAACGGCAUGUGGUAGGAUGGUUUGAUUGUGUAUAGGCUACAGUCAGUAAGUUGGUAGGUCUAACGGAGACUAUAGUAGGUCUAUCCAUUUACCAAGUACAGACUAUGGCAACCCUACCUACACGCUGAUAACAACAUAUGGUUGACUUAUAGGUAGGCCUACGUUCAUAUCCGUUACAGCUAAUGGAAGGCCUACCUACAGUAUAAACCAAAUACAGCUUAUGGUAGGCCUGCUUCUAAAUCAACUACAGAUUAAAGUAGAUCUACCUGUAAAUACACUACAGCCUAUGGUAGGUGUACCGAUAUAUCAACCACAGCUUCUAGGAGGCCAACCUAUAUAUGAACUUCAACAUUUGGUAAGCAAACCUAAAAAUCCACUACAACCCUAGGGUAGACCCUAGGCUGUAGCAGAUAUACAGAUGUGACCACACUGGACGUGUUUUUUCAAGCUCUGAUGCAAACUUCAGUGAUUGAAACAUGUUCAUAUCAUAAAGGUUUUUUUUAAGUAUUAACUUCUUUAUUUUCACAUUUGCCAUACAUGGUUUCUCCUCUUUUAGUGCAGCUUUAUGACCAUAAUGUUAUGUUUUUUGAUAUGAGGCAAUAGUUGUCUGUAAUUUGUAUGAUUGUAAUACAUGCAGGCAUUGAAAAGGGUGCAAUAUUCAAUAAACUUCUA